UAUGCACGCAUAUACGUUCUUUUGUUGUCGAAUAACAAGCAAAAGAAAUGUCAAUAUGCCGCGACAGCAACAGCACUCUCAUAAAAUCAUUCAAAUCAUGAUGGUUGGCAUGUGAUAAAGUAGGUAAAUUCUUGUCAAAAUGAAGAACAAACCGAAAUUUCAAUUCCAUUUACAUAUUUUUCGCAUUUUCGACUGCAAUUCGGAACAAAAGCAACAACAACAAUAAAAUAUUCAAACUAAUUUUAAAAUGCAAAAACGGCGUUGUUAUUUGUAGAGAGCAUAUAAAUAUAGUGUCAACACAUAGUGAAACAAAAAAAAACCGGAGAGAAAAAUUACGAGAUGGAAAAGGAGUGUAUGAGAGAGAGAUAGAACAUAGAAAGAGGCUAACUUUAUUUAUAAUUAAGAUAUUAUUAUGAUCACAGCGAUUCUUCUAAAUUGUGGAAUGCAUUGUUUGCAAUCAAAUCUGAAAUUUAUUCAAUGCAAUGAGACAGCAGUUAUUCCACAAGAUCAUUUAAAUUGCCAUAUUUAUUACCACAAGCUACACACAUUCAGGAUGGGCAGCCAAUCAAAUGUUGCAGCAAAUAGUGUAGAAUAGAAACGAAAAGCGUGUGUCGUAAAGCUGGUGGAUACUAAAAUUAAGUGUAAAUUUAAGUGUGUGAAUAAAUGACAGAGAAUUAAUUUUAAAAUUUUAUAACGAACAAAAAUUAUUGAAAAUGAACCCAAAUAAAUAAACACUUCCAACGUAAUACCUUUAAACAUUAUUUUUGAAAAAAAAAAAACCAAUUCAAAUUGGCAGUAAAUUUCUGUUCUAAUUUUGAAGUACAACAUUUCAACAAAGAAGAAGAAUUUAAAAGAAGAAGGAAAAAACAAAAUAAUCCAAAUUUGGUAUAACGAGUAUGUGUGUUACGAGAAUAAGAGCGCUCGAGUUCCAAUUUUUUUUUACUCACACUGACCAUAUGAACAACUCGUUAAAGUGAAUUAAAUAAGAAAGCAAAAAAAAAAAAACAACGACAACAGUAAACGAGAAAUAAACUGCUGAUCGUCCGUGCAGAAGUAAACACAUAUUCUGGACUCGUGCUGCAUUUCAUUGGUUGAGAGCCACAUGUCGAGAAAGCACCAAAUCUUGGUUUCACAAUCCAGGACCUUCAUCAUCGGAACAUUUUUCGCCUGAAAUGAACGCAGUUUUUCGGACGAGAAAACAAGACUUUAAAUAAUAGAUAAAAAAACACAAAGAGUGGUGUGCGAAAAAAACAAGCAAACAAAAUCAUAGUGAAUAACGGGCAUAGCGAAUUGAAAACAAAAUUGUAUUUACAUGUGUAUCACAAAAUUUGUGUUUAUUUGAAAAGCCAUCGUUGUUUGUAUUGGAUGGAAACGAUUGAACAUUACGUGCUAUCUACGUGCUAUUUAUUCACGACAAAGUCAAUGACGACAACAAACCCAAACGCGCUACGAAAAACGCAACGGCAAAGUGACAAAAAAUACCAAUAUAAGCCAGUUGUACAUUGGCAAACGAACAAACAAAAAGCAUAGCACAACCAAAACAAUCCACAAUCAAUUUAAAAUGGCUCUAUCACUUGAUAUAAACCAAACAAUUACCGAUAUCAUAAUAAAUGGAACAAAUUUAACGACCAAUGAAACUGAAUUUAAUUCAAUAGCUACAACACUAUCGUCGACCGAUACAAAUGUUGACAUUGUACUGUUAUACGGACCCAAACGAGAUCCAUUGUAUAUUGUCAUUCCCAUCACAUUUGUUUACAUGGUAAUUUUCGUGACUGGUGUCGUUGGCAACAUAUCCACCUGUAUAGUGAUUGCAAAGAAUAAAUCGAUGCACACAGCAACAAAUUACUAUCUCUUUAGUUUGGCCAUAUCCGAUUUUCUGCUGUUAGUUUCUGGUGUGCCACAAGAAGUUUACUCGAUUUGGUUUCGAUACCCAUAUGUAUUUGGUGAGGUGUUUUGUGUGUUACGUGGUUUAAUGGCUGAAACAGCUGCCAAUGCAACUGUAUUAACAAUCACAUCAUUUACUGUCGAACGAUAUUUGGCAAUAUGCCACCCAUUUUUACAACAUACAAUGUCAAAAUUGAGUCGUGCUGUGAAAAUUAUCAUUGGAAUAUGGAUCUUAUCAAUUUCACUGGCCAUUCCACAAGCUUUACAAUUUGGUGUUAUGACCGACGUAAAUAACAUCGAUCAUUGUACAAUAAAGCGUGUCAUUGUCAAACAUGCAUUCGAACUAUCAACUGUUUUAUUUUUCUUAGCGCCAAUGACAUUAAUUACGGUUUUGUACAUAUUAAUUGGAUUGAAAUUGCGCACAUCGGGUCUAAUGAAACGUGAAAAUGGCGUAUCGAUGCAACGGCGCGUUCAUGUAAAUUCAUGUCAUCGGCAACAGGCGAGCGUCGGAACCAGAAGAGUUCUCAAAAUGCUGGUGGCUGUUGUAGUUGCGUUCUUCUUUUGUUGGGCACCAUUUCAUGCACAGCGGCUGGUUGCUUUUUAUGGUAACAAUCAGCUUUUCAUUUACGCUAUUGCUACAUACGUUUCAGGAGUAUUAUACUAUUUAUCGACAUGCAUAAAUCCACUGCUGUACAAUAUUAUGAGCAAUAAAUUUCGUGAAGCAUUCAAGGAGACGCUGGCGAACUUCUGCCAAUUAUCGACGAGAGGCAGUAACGAGAAGCGUGCCUACCGAAUAUUGUCGCGCAGCCAGCGAAGAUGGAAUAGCAAUCAAGAAUCAGGAAACUAUUCUGGUAGCUCAAUCCGAGACGAAAGUAUGCACUCAACCCUUACUCAAAAACAAUCGAUCGAUUCGAUGACCUCACGAUGUCACUCAUUCAAAAAUCAAUCAUCGAAUCAAUUUAAACUAAAAACGAAUUUCAAAUGUAAACAUAAUGCCAUAAAUCAAUCGCAAAAUUGUGUCGAAUUGCCGAUUGAUCAUAUUGAAAAUGCAACGAAUGAGAAUAUUAUCUACAAACAUCGAAAUACCAAUAAAACCAACACCAUAAAACAAGAGCACAAUUUAUGCUCGAGCCCGGAAAUAAAUGCAAACAAUACAUUCAAUUAUGUAAAUGGUACGGUGUCACCAAUGCCGGGCAUGCAUCACAUUCAAUCAAGCGAAAUGUUAUCAAUGGCAUCAAACGUUGAAGCAAACAAUAAAAAAAUUCGCCUAACCAUUACACCAAUGAAUAUGACAAAGUCACGACGCAACAAACAUUUAUGCUACAACAAAUUCAGACGGUCAACAACACAGCCAAUUUUACGUUCAUGGUUCAGUUGGUUUCGUCCAAAACGAAAUGCAGCUUUCUAUAGUCCACCGCUUGAGCAUCCUAUCAAAGGAAUCAAAAUUAAUAUACACACAAAUGACAAUCCAAAUGGUUGCAGCAUGGAUGGCAUUCAAGCAACUGUCAAUGUUGAUUCAAUGUCGUCAUCAAAUGAUGAAGAAAUCAGUAAUAGCAGCUUACAAAAUGUUGACCGUGACGCACUAAAAGACGAAUUGGCCGCUUACAUGGACGAAAUACGAGCCAGAGAAAAAAGAUAACAACCAAAGCAACGCGACAACGACUAUUAUGGAAAUACAUCAUCAGCAUUUUAGCUAUAAAUUAUCUCAAAUAAAUGAGAACGUAAACAUUUGGUGCGUGAUUUAUGUUUAAUGUGAAAAUCACAUUAAAAUUAACUUGGUGAUAAAUUAAUAUUCAUAAAUGCAAUGUAUUUGAAUGGCCACCUGACUCAACUUUAUACUUGUAUAUAGCAUAUAUCUAUAUACAUAUAUAGAUUUCUUUUCCGGCGCUUUGUGCAUUUUUUGUUCUUGUUGUUGUUGUUGCUGGUCUAUCGAAGUAAAAUUAUAGAUUAACCACACAUUCAACUAUAUACGAAUAUCUCUACUGGAUAUGUAUGUGAAUUGAGCGCAUUGUUUGCGCUUAUUUCAUCAGAAGAUUCUUCUUCUUUUUAGCAAGUAGUUAUGCUUGCAGGUAGUCAAAUCAGUCUUCAUGCAUAAUUUAAUAAUUUAAGAGCUGAAAAGAGAGAGAGAGAGAUAACAAAAAUAAAUGAAAUAAAACUGUGAUAGAGUUAAGAAAGUUGUGACAUAAUCUUGUGGUCAAGUAAAAGCGUGCAAUUUUACUUAUCGUUUUGAAUCAUGGAUAGAAACAUUGAAGCACACGGAUACAUAUAUAUAUUUAUAAAAACUUAGCCAAUAGCUAGGAUAGAUAGACAGACAGAAAACAGAGAGUAGUUUCAUACGAAACUAAGCUCAUUCUUUUUUAAAUGUAAAAUUGUACAGUUCUAACAAUUUUGAACUUAACUGAAAUAACAAUGGUUUUCAAUAAAAUUCACUCUAAAUAUUACAUAAAUGUAUCUACCAUCUAAUGGUAUUACUGUUAUAGCAUAUCUUUUGGAUAUAAAGAAAAACUGCGGUCGGUACUUAGUGCGGAUGGAACAAAGUGAAAAUGCAAGUAGUGCUAUUUUCACGGUCUGUGGCACAUGCCACAUAUUUCGUCGAACACAACAUUCUUGGAUUUGUGAUGGCUCCCAUGGUAUAUAGUUAAUAUACUGAAUAUGAAUAAAAUUGUUUGUUUUGGAAAAUGUUCACAAGAGAAACGAUAGACCGAAACACCAAUUGAAUGGCUGAGAAUAAUUAUAUUCUCCAAUUAUCCUUUAAGAAAAUACUGACAUUGAGUUGAAAUAAAUGAGAUAUUAGUAAGUAUUAUAGAAUGACACUUAAUUUGGCUGCUGCAUGGCAACUUUGUAUGAAACUUCCAUGUGAUAGCAAAAAUUUGCUGAAGUAAUCUCGUUCAAGUAUCAGAUUUAUUUUCAACGCGAGUCAGUGUCUCAUUUAUUUUAUCUCAAUGUCUUGUAUAAGUAUUCUUUUUUAAAACGAUAAUUGGAGAUCAUAAUUAUUCUUACCCAUUCAAUUGUUAAACGUUUGAUCACUGUGCUGUGAAAGCAUACCACAACGAUGAUAAUGAUAAAUCAUACAUAUUUUAUUCGUUUCAUUGUUCGCAUUUUGGGUCCUAUAGGAAAAUAUAUUUUGCCAAAACAUUGUUUGCAAAAGAAUGUUCAAAAGUAAUUAAGACGCGCGUUGCGACCAAUGCCAAGAGAAUAAAUUAAAAUUGAUUUUAAGCGCACGGCGGAGUAAUUUUGACACGAUUCGAAUGCGGGCAUUGAAGGCGUUAAUAUGCGCGUGUACUUCAAAAUUCGAAUGAGAUAAGUGAAUGUACCAUGCCGUCAUGCUCAAUUGUAAAAUAUGUUUUUUUUUCUUGCGAAACGGCAUAAAAUGUGUUGUGCUGCGUAAAAUAUGCUGUUGCUGUCGCUGUCACUGUUGUUUAUCGAGAUUAAAAGGCGAUUUUGUUUAUCAGGUGCGCGUAACCAGUGUGCUUAAAUUCAAAUUUAGCAUUUAAAAACAGAUGAAAGAGAAGAAAAACAUGGUAUAAAUGUUGAUAUUGUUGUUUCUACGUUUAAUGGACGAAUUUUCUGGAGAUAUUUAUAAAAAAAAAAAAACAAAAAAAGUAACAAAUAUGAAAGAUUUUUGAUGAAUAUUUUAACUCAAUGGAUUAAUGCAAUUGCAUUAGUAGUUGUCUCCUUAGGUGAAAAACUACAAAAUUGCCAUUUGUUUUUUAAAAUUCAAUAAAGAAACAAAAAAAAAACCUGAGGAAAAAAUAAAGAAACACCUACGAUAAUGUAAGAAAUAUAGAAUUUACAAACAAUUCUGAAUUGAUUGUUCACUGUUAUGCAUUAGGUUUCUAGUUUUAUUGUAGGUUUCGAAAUAAGUAUGUAUCAUAUUAACAAAAGAAAUGAUGCAAUUAAAUUCAAUUAUUUUUUUCAUAAA